GCCGGAGGGUCCCGGGGCCGCGGCCACUAGGUGGCUCCGGCUCGGAGCUUCCUGCGCCGCGGCCGCUGCAUCCCGGUGGUGCCCGCGCAGGGCCCGGCCGCUCGCCCGCAGCCUGCAGGUAAGUGGGGCCGGGGCCGCGCCCGAGCGGGGGCUGCCAGGGGCCCUGGCACCGGGUCCCAUCUGCAACCCGCCGGCGUGUGCCCCCGCCUGCUGGCCCUGGUGCCCUGGAAGAGGCGAUGGGCAAGGAUUUGGGGCUCAGGAGGAGGUAGGAGGCACCCCAAUCCUCCCAGGGACUGGGAGGAUCCUCGGCCGUGGGGCAGGCAGGCUCCUGGAGGGCAUGAGCCCCCUUCCCGGGACCCCCGCGGUGCUGCCGGAGAGGGGGCGCAGCCCCGAACACACAGCUCUCAGGAUCCACAGUCGCAUCGAGGAGUGGGGUUGCGAGGCAGCCUGGGGGUAAGGAGCCAGUUUGGAGUGACUGGGGCCAAAUCGGGGCUUCCCGUGACCGACCUGCUUGGCGUAGGCAUGACUGGAAGGUGCUGGUGAAUUUCUCUGGGGGCCCAGGAGCGCACCAGGUGCCUGGUCGGAGGGUGUCACUGCAGGGACAGGAUGCAGGAGAGUUACGAGUCUGUGAUCUCUCUGGCGGAAGAAAUUGCCAUCAACUGGCCCCAGAUUGCUGCCUUUGCAGAAGCCCAUCGUCGACGAGGCCUGCCCUUUGUUGUCAACAUGGAGCCAAGACAGAGACAGCUGGAGCCAACCCUGGUUCAAGCAGCAGCCACCACUGGCCAGGGAGGAGGGGCUGUCUUCCCAGACUUCCGGAAGCAGCUGCGGGCAAUCCUGCAAACUGUAGGCCGGAGGCAAGUGGAGAAGAUGCUGCGGGAGCUGGUGAAGGAACAGAAGCAAGAAGAGAAAGCCAAGCGGCGCAGAAGAGCUGCAAAGAGCCCCGGGGAUGGAGCAGGUGGCAGAAUGCUGAAUGCAAAGGAGGGGACGGCCCCUAUGGAAGAACAUGCAAAGAAAGGGGAAGGCCCCGGGGCAUUCCCUGAAAGCCCCACUGGAAAAGUUCCUGAGGGCCCUGAGCAGAAAGCAGCCCCUGCAUGCCCGCAGAGCUCAGAAGGGCUCCAGAAGGACCCUCUAGCUAAGGCACAGGGCAAGGCCAUACAUGGGGGAGGUUGCAAGAAAGCUAAGGACACCAGAGUCCAUGAGAAAACCCAGGUGGAGAAGCACAGGCCAGAUGCCAGUGAGGACUGCCCAGAGAACUGCGGCUGUGACUUGCAGAGACCCCACCCAUUCAGCGAACAUGAAAAGAGUUUCAUGCAAGGUUUGUCCCUCCAGCCCCAGAGCCCCCGCCUGACAGAGAGCCCCCAUCCCUGCCUGGAGCAUGGGAAGCACCUCCUCCAGGAGGUGGAGCCCCCAUCCCAGCUGUGGACCCUUCAAGGGGAAGGCCCCUCAGAAUGCCUGGACAGCAGGAGGCACAGCGGUGUGAACCCUGCCCUCCUCCAGCCCCGGGGAGCCCCACCAGGUGGGGGGCAGCCUCCCCCUGUGUGCUCAGGCAGCGGGAGACGCUGCAGUGGGACUACUGGCCUGCGGCCUCAGAGACUCCACUCCCAUCCAUGUAUGGCCUGCGGGAAGGGCCCUGCCCGAGGCUCCCACCUCCAGAGACACCCACACACCCACACGGGAGAGAGGCCCUCUCUGUGCUCUAGCUGUGGCAGACGCUGCAUCUGGGUCACCCACCCUCCCCGGCCCCGCAGAGCCCAUCUCCCUGAAAAGCCUCAGCAGGGCACUGACCUGGCAGUGGAAGCACCGGGCCUGGCUAUGGCAGCAGCGGUGGUGGCACCCUGUGCCCCAAGCGGACGGCGGUCAUACCCAUGCCUGGAAUGUGGGAAGGGCUUCACGCAGCGCUCGGCUCUGAGCAAGCAUCGGCGCAUCCAUACCGGGGAGCGACCCCACCAGUGCACAGACUGUGGAAAGCGCUUCCUACAGCGCUCGGACCUCACCAUCCACCGGCGCCGGCACACGGGUGAGCGCCCUUACCGCUGCCCCCAAUGUGGCCAGCGCUUCAGCGUCAGCUCCAACCUGGCCAAGCACCGACGUGCCCACCUGGGCCAACGCCCCUUCGGCUGUGCUGUCUGUGGCAAGGGUUUCAUCCAGCGCUCUGAGUUGGUCAUCCACCAGCGCUCCCACACAGGUGAGCGCCCCUACACCUGCUCUGCCUGUGGGAAGGGCUUCAGCCGCCGCUCCCACCUCACCCGCCACCAGAGAACCCACAUGCGGGAGCGCUGGCCCACCCCCAUCCUGCCCUGCCCCACCACUACCACUGAGUCUGCAUGCAGCCCACCCCACCAUGGCCCCACAUCAGGCACCUUGCCACUGCCCACUGUGUCCCAGGAUUUGUCAUGGGCCAUAUCCAAGUCCUCCCCUUCCAGUGCUUUCUCCCUGCCCUCCAGUUCAUAGAAUCAUAGAAGUAGGGUCAGAAGGGACCUUGUAGAUCUUCAAGUCCGACCCCCUGCCUGGGCAGGAGGAAAACUGGGCUCAAAUGACCCCAGCCAGGUAGGCAUCAAGCCACUUCUUAAAGACCCCCAGGGUAGGAGCUAGCACCACUUCCCUUGGAAGUUGGUUCCAGAUCCUAGCCGCCCUUGCUGUGAAGUAGUUCCUACGGAUGUCUAAUCUAAACCUACUGUCCAACAACUUGUGGCCGUUAUUCCUUGUUAUCCCGGGGGGUGCUAGGGGAAACAAGGUCUCCCCCAAACCCUUCUGGUCCCCCCCAGUGAGUUUAUAGACGGUCACCAGGUCCCCCCUCAGCCUUCUCUUGUGAAGGCUGAACAGGUUCAGGUCCCAUAGCCUCUCAUUGAAGGGUCUGCCCUGCUCUCCCCAGAUCAUGCGGGUGGCCGUCCUCUGGACCCUUUCAAUGUUGUUCACAUCCCUCUUGAAGUGGGGUGCCCAGAACUGGACACAGUACUCCAGCUGUGGCCUGACCAGUGUCGCGUAGAGUUAAUAUAGCCCAUGGUGUCUGUGGCCUCUGAGGCCUUGGUCACUUGUGUGGUCUCCCCUACCCCGCUCACUGGGCUCUUCACUUCUGCCUCACCAGCCCACCCAGCCCUGCCUCUGCCUUCACCCCCUGCUGCCCCUACCCUGCCCCUCUCUCUGAGCCCUGCUAAACCUGGCCUCUCUCUUGAGCAAAGUCCAUGCCAGCCACCUCCAGCCCUGUGUCUCUGUCUCCAGCUCCUCCUUCCCCUCCCCACAACUGCUUCUGGGGUUGAAGUGACCUGAGGUUUUCCUCCUUCAGUCCACCCUCAAUGCCUCCCUCCCUUGGCCCACUCUAUCUUUCCAUCAGCCAUUCUGCUUUCUGAGGCUUGGCCGACUCUCCUCUAUGCCCAUCUGUCCCCCUUCCCCAGGCGCCUUGCCUCCACUGCCCAGACUUCCUCACCCAGCAAGCCCAGCGAUGCUGAAAAACAGAGGACCAAAUUUCCACCUACAAUUGGCACCAAUACCCAGUGCACAUCCAGCUCUGAACCACCUGGCUGUUUCUGUUGCUACCUCGGUGAGAGCAGAGUUCAUUUAGAAACUCUCGCUCAACUCUCCUGGAUCCUGGCUUCAAAACCCUCUUCCCCACAGAGCAAGACUGAGGCUAACCAACUGAUUACUAGUGACACAAUAUACAAGUGGGAGAGGUGGCAGAAACAUUGCUUUUUGGGACAAGUCAGCCAAGGCUGAGAACUAUGAAUUUGCUGCAGUGGUGAGAGACAGAGUGAAUGUCUUGGUAGCCUCAAAUGAAGCCUUCUGUGAACUAGAAAGAAUUGCUAUGGGCAUCCUGGGAGCAAAUGGGAGGGGGUCAGCAGGACCCAGACCCACAGAGAUAUUUAGGCACUUCAAUUUCCAUUGAGUUCCAUAGGGGUUCGGUUGAUAGAGUUAGAAACCACACCAGUGGGUUGGAGCCCAGAUCCUAAGAGCCUGGUCCAAGCUAUAGGUGAGACAAUUCAGCAGGUGAAAACAAAAGCAAAGGUUAGGCUGGACUGAGAGGCUGAGCCUCAGGGUCUAGUCAGCAGCUCUGUCACAGAGACCUGCCUGGGAGCAACUUGAAUUGGUUUCCCACCUCCAGACAUGGACAUCCGAAGAGAAAUAAAAGUCUUUACUAAGAUCUAGGAAUGACCACUGGAGGUGCUGAAACUUCAUCCUGCUAAAAGCAACUGCUGGCAGCCAGAGGAAAUCCAAGGCUCCCUGAAAGCUCCAAGCAAACUCGAGUCUUUCCAUGGAGCAGACACACACAGAUUCCUUUGACCUUGAGACUGGGCUAGUGUCCCCUGGCUGCUGGCCCCUUUGUUACUUUCAAAGCCUUGUUUUGUUUAUAGGGGGAGGGGAGGGUGGGAUUUGGAAGCAGGUGUAGACUCAGUAAGGGUGAAGAUGUGAUGGUCUUUGGACAUGGAGAUGAGGGGAGGGGGGGGAAACAUGAUUUUUUUGAAAAAAAUUAUUCUUGCUUUGAAUUAGGAGUGAUAAAGUAGAACUUUGUUUACCAAAUCGCCAGCCUGGACUCAUAUAUCACAGGUACAAAGGAACCUUAAAUAGAGUAAGAGGAGGCAUAUCUGUUUGACGGCCUUGUCAGACUAUGCUGUAAGCCAAGCAAAUUUUAUCAGCCUAGUGCUGUUCAGCUUAAUGGAGCAGUUGCAUGUUAAGGCAAAAAAAACUGAUUGCCCCUUCCCUGCACAGCUAUGACUUGCCACUAGCAGCUUGGUGAGCACAAGUAGGACAAGGAGCUAGGGGAAGGACAGGCUCCCUGCUCUCUGGGCAGAGCAAGUGCUGCAACCCCAGCUCCUGGAAGCCAUGGUGCCUCCCACCACUGCUUUGACUGGUUCUGUUUCCCUGGGAGCUGAGCCAGCCAGAUCCGAACAGGGGAGAGAACAGCAUGACUCGUACCUGACUCCAUUGCCUGUUGGGAGCAGAGCCAGCUGCAUCCGAGCAGAGGAGGGCACUGUGUUGCCUGGAUGUGGCUCUGCUCCCCAUGGGGGGCAGAGCCAGCCAGGUCUGGCAGGUAGUGGAGCCAGGUCUGAGCAACACGCUUCCCACUCUGACCCAGCUGGUUCUGCUCCCGGCGGACCAAGCAGUGGCAGGAGUCACAGUGGGUACACUGCCUGCUGGGAUGCUGGAGGACUUCAACUUGGGCAGAAAAACUGCGGAGUGUACACAAGUUACUAAAAUAACAACAAAAUUAGGCAGAUGGGAGAUAAUCCUGCCCUGGUGUGGGGUAACAUUAAGCUGAAUACAUAGUGCUUUAAGCCACUUAAAAGGUGUUAACAUCCAGCCAGUCCAGGAGUUAAGAGCUGCAGAAGCCACCUAAAGUAACAAGUGUAACAAGGUCCUGAGUCUUUAGGUUACUGAAGGCCAGGAAUUUUGUAGGCCAUCAGCUCUGCCAGAGCUUCCAGUAAGGACAGUGGGGAAACCACUAGCAGAUAACAUUAGGACCUGCUAGGUGCUGUACUCGAGGAACUAAUGCACGCCGAUUUGGUCCUAACUAAAGCUGGCUGGUUAUUUGCCAACAAGCGUUGUGCCCCUGUCCUGCACGUCUGCAAUAUGAACAUAACAUUUUCAAGGUUUCCGUCCUUAUCUUCACGGUGCUCUGUGAGCUGGGCUCAAGAUGUAAAAGAUGGGGUAAGGCUCUUGGAUGAGGGGGUUAACAACUCCGUAUUCAGGCACCCUGACUUUACCAACACAGGAAAAGCUUGUCUGUGGAAGGGACAGAUCUUUCUUGGAUGAUGGUUCAAAAUGGGAUAAAGGGAACCCACUUUACAAUGUAACACAGGGAUACGUUCCAAAACCUUGACUGCACUGACCCCCAGACCCAUUUCUACCACUACUACAAGACAGUUUUGGUACUCACCAACAGCAUGCAAUAUACACAAGCACAGGGCAGUAUAAUAAUGGGGAUGACAGCUACACAAACACGUGUCGCAGACAAUGAGCAAGGAGCACAGAUCCACACAGGAGACUAUUUUGGUGCACGUCACUCCCACAAUGCACUGCACAAAGCAGCUGACUGCUGGCUUCCACCACACCAAUAGCGUAAGAGUGAAUUUACCUCGCAUAUAAUGAAUUUUUGGUAUAAAAAGGGUCAUAGGUUCAUAGAUUCAUAGAUUUAGGGUCGGAAGGGACCUAAGUAGAUCUUCAAGUCCUACCCCCUGCCCCAGGCAGGAGAGAAAACUGCUCAUAUGACCCCAGUUAGGUGAUUAUCUAGCCUCCUCUUAAAGACCCCCAGGGUAGGAGCCAGCGCCACUUCCCUUGGAAGUUGGUUCCAGGUCCUAGCCGCCCUGACUGUGAAGUAGCGCCUCCUGAUACCCAGCCUGAAUCUGCUCUCUGUCAGCUUAUGGCCGUUGUUCCUUGUUACUCCGGGAGGCGUUCAGGGGAACAAGAUCUCUCCCAUUCCCCGCUGGUCCCCCCGGUAAGUUUAUAGAUGGCCACCAGGUCCCCUCUCAGCCUUCUCUUGUGGAGGCUGAACAGGUUCAGGUCCCUUAGCCUCUCCUCAUAGGGUCUGCCCUGCUGUUUCUGGAUCAUGCGAGUGGCCCUCCUCUGGACCCUCUCCAUGCUGUCCACAUCCCUCCUGAAGUGCAGCACCCAGAACUGGAUGCAGUACUCCAACUGCGGCCUGACCAGUGUCUCAUAGAGGGGGAGGAUCACUUCCUUAGCCCUGCUUGUGAUGCAUCUGUGGAUGCAUGACAAGGUGCAGCUGGCCUUACUGACUGUGUCCACACAUUGGCAGCCCAUGUUCAUUUUGGAAUCGAUAAUGACUCGAAGAUCCUUUUCUGCCUCUGUGCUUUUGAGCAGGGAGUUCCCCAACCUGUAGGUAUGCUGCUGGUUCUUACUGCCCAAGUGCAGUACCUUGCACUUGUCAGUGUUGAAUCUCAUCCUAUUCUCAUUCGCCCAUCCCUGUAACCUGUCCAGGUCCAGCUGUAUCCUGACCCCCCCACUCCUAGCGUGCCCACCUCACCCCAAAUUUGGUGUCAUCAGCAAAUUUGAACAGGGUGCUUUUCACCCCCUCAUCCAAGUCGCUAAUAAAGAAACUGAACAGUGCAGGCCCGAGGACCAAACCCUGGGGGACUCCAUUGCCCACAUCCCUCCAGGUCGAAUAUGACCCAUCCACCACCACUCUCUAGGUGCGACCCCUCAACCAAUUUGUUACCCAUUUGACUGUGUAGGCAUCAAUGCCACAGUCGCCUAGCUUUUUAAUGGAAAUGGGGUGGGAGACAGUGACAAAGUCCUUCCUAAAGUCCAGAAAAACUACGUCCACCAUGACACCUGCGUCCAAUGAUUUUGUGACCUGAUCAUAGAAGGCAAUCAGGUUGGUCUGACAGGACCUGCCCCUAAUGAACCCAUGCUGGUUGCCCCUGAGCAUCAUCCCCCCUGCUGGUCCUUCCCAGAUGUGCUCCUGGAUAAUCUCAAAGAGCUUCCCCAGGAUCGAAGUAAGACUAAUGAGCCUAUGGUUGCCCGGGUCCUCCCUCCUCCCUUUUUUUGAAAAUGGGGACCACAUUGGCCUUCUUCCAGUCAUCUGGCACCUCGCCAGAGCACCAUGAGUGCUCGUAAAGCCGUGCCGGGGCACCUCGAUAACCCCUGCCAAUUCCCUCAGCACCCUGGGGUGGAGAGCAUCUGGACCUGGUGACCUGAACAUGUCCCGCCCCUCGAGAAGUUCCCUAACUCAGUCCUCCCCGACCCUAGGCCUGGCGGAGUUUCUCCUGAGUCCGUCCUGAAUCUUAGUGGGGGAGUCCCGGUCCCUGCACAAAAAAAUGGAGGCAAAGAAAUUAUUAAAAAGGUCUGCCUUUUCCUCUGGUGCAACCACCAGAUUGCCAAGCGUAUCCUGCAGGGGCCCUGCAUUACCCGGUGCCUUCUUCAUACUCCCUAUGUAUUUAAAAAAAGGACUUUUUGUUGUCCUUGAUCCUAGCCCUCAUUCCGUAUCUGCCUUAGCUUUCCUGACCGCCCCCCUACAAACCUGAGCGAUGGAGGUAUACUCCUCUUUGGUGAUAGCCCCUCCCUUCCACUGGGUGUACACCUCCUUUUUGGCUUUCAGGCUUCCUGAAUGCCUUUGGUGAGCCAGGGGGACUUUUGAGCACUCUUGCCCCCUUUGAUUCUCAUUGGGACUGUCACCCCUUGGGCUCAGAGGAUCGUCUCCUUAAAGAAUGACCAUUAGUCUUGGACACGCAGUUCCCCUACCCUCCAGGACCCCAGUGCCUCUCCUACCAAUCUCUUCAACUCAUUGAAACUGGCCCUCUUGAAGUCAAGGGCUAUUGCCUUGCUGCAGGCCCUUGACACCCUGCGCUGGAUGGUGAAUUCCAGUAGGCGAAUUCCAGUAGGGUCAUCACAUAAGAGCAAAUCCGCACAUGCAGAACCCGCAUAAAGCGACGAAAACCUGUACAUAUUUAUGCAGUCCCACCUUCUCCAAUAUAGGACAUCCAAGCCAACUGACAAAGCCCAGACCUCCCCAUGAGAGAGAACAAAACACACACAACAGCUAUGGACUGUGUUACUGAACACACUUACAGAGGGUAUUCAGACACUGCAGUGAUGACAAGGGUGGACAGAAUGGGGGGGUAUGGAUAAGAUGAUGGUUAUGCCUCACCUGUACAGACAUUGUAUGAAGGUGUACUCACCUGUCUGUAGACCCAGCCAACUGACCACCUCUUCACCAAGGCACAACACUGCCUCAACCACGUCACAAUUGGCUCCUCAGUGACUGGAGGGUUGGGAAUGUGGCUGUGACUUUUCUGAUUCCCAGCCUCAUUGUGGGGAGGCAGCCCUUAGACCAGGGGUGGGCAAAAUGUGGCCCAUGGGCUGAAUGUGGCCUGCCAGGCCAUUCUAUCUGGCUCGCAGGGUCCCUAAAAAAUUUAGAAAAUUAAUAACUAUCUGUCCUUGGCUGCCUGUCAUGUGGCCCUCGAUGGCUUGCCAAAACUCAGUAAGCGGCCCUCCGCCCAAGAUAAUUGCCCGUCCCUGCCUUAGACUCUGUCCACCCCAUUUUUCCCUCAAGUGUGAAUAGGCCCUUUCAAAUUUCCCCAUGAGCUAGUUGGAUCUAUGACAUAAGUUUCAUCUUGACUCAGGUACCUCAGUUAGUGCCAUCAAAUUCACAGGACAGAAUUGAAAGUCUUUCAGGACUAGACUGUUUGCUAGCACAGCUCUGCUCAACUUGGGGUGGCCCAAGGCAGGGAUGGAACUUGGAUGACUUGUGCAGCUGCCAGCCUACAAAAAGGGUCCUAGGGUCUAUCCCUACUGGUCACCAACCCUAGAGGCCCUGGAGCUGGGUACUACCUACCUACCCCUGUGCUCUGGACCUUGGUUUUUGCCUGUCUUAAAAAUAGUCAAGGCUCCUCACCCCUUGCUCAGCGGGGCUAUUACUCUGGAUUCCAUUGUGUAGCCUGAGGCCCAUCUCCUGGAGUGUUGAGACUAUAGGAGGAGACUUUUGGUUUCCUUUUCCUGGGGCUCCUGGCUGGGGAGCCCACUGGGAAAUGUGGCCCUAAAGGAUCAAUAUCCUGGGGGCUCUGGUGCAUGAUCUGACAAUCCCACAGUUUUGGGGUGGGGAGGGCUGACUCCUCAUAGAUGCCUCAGGAGAUCAGCUGGGCUAUGCCAUCCACUGGCCCAGGGGCAUGUUAAAUUGGGUCCAUCUUGCUCCAUCCAGGCUGUCUCUGUGGGACAUUGCCUCUGACAAAGCCAUGCCUUCUAUGCCUCUGACUAUGCAAAAGGCAACUGGCAGAGCUGGCACUGGUAGGUGGGAGAUGGAGCAGCUGGAAAAAGCCACCCUCCUCUGACAGCAAGAGGUGGGUGUCUGAGCCCUGCAGCAGCUGAGUGACAAGGUACAGGAAAGGGGGGACUUGAAGCACAUGGCCUAACACCUGGGGGGGUGGGGGGUGUUCCCUGCCACCCAGUGGGGCAAGUGUGCUGAGGACCUGGGCCAGCCACUCCUGCAGGGCCCCAUCUCAGUCUAUACAAGUCAUUUGAACCCCUAUCCAAACAUAGUUUCAUAGUUUCCAGGGUCGGAAGGGACCUGAAUAGAUCAUCAAGUCUGACCCCUUGCCCUGGGCAGGAAUGAGUGCUGGGAUCAUAAUACCCCAGCCAGAUAUCUAUCCAACCUCCUCUUGAAGACCCCCAAGGUAGGGGAGCGCACCACCUCCCUUGGGAGCCCAUUCCAGAGCCUGGCAGCCCUAACCAUAAAGUAGUACCUCCUGAUAUCAAGCCUGAA